AUGCCGCAAGAUUCUUUGGACAACCAAAUGGCAAAUAAGCAGGGCAGCAAAGGCGUAGAGGAUGAGGAUGAGCCUACAACUCAAGCACUCGAUGAAGACGACGUCAUUAUCAUGCGCACUUACGGCGUUGGCCCCUAUGUCGGGCCAAUCAAGAUUGCAGAGAAGGAAGCCAAAGAGUACAUCAGCAAGAUCAACAAGCUUAUCGGAGUUAAGGAAUCUGACACCGGCCUGGCCCCUCCAAGUCAGUGGGAUUUGGAAGGCGACAAACAGAUGAUGAAGCAGGAGCAAGCGUUGCAAGUCGCCCGGGUGACCAAGAUUAUUGAUCCGGGCACAGAUGACACCAAGUACGUCAUCAAGAUCCGUGAGUUCGCCAAGUUUGUUGUCGGCCUUGGUGAGAAGGUGUCUGCCACUGACAUCGAGGAAAGUAUGCGCGUCGGUGUGGACACAUCCCAUGGAGGAAAGUACCGAAUUCAAAUCCCGCUGCCACCAAAAAUUGACCCAUCAGUGACAAUGAUGACGGUCGAGGAGAAGCCUGACGUCACUUACAACGACGUGGGUGGCGCCAAGGAGCAGCUGGAGCGGCUUCGAGAGGUUGUGGAAAUGCCACUGCUCCAACCAGAGCGGUUCGUUGCUCUAGGCAUUGACCCGCCCAAGGGUGUGCUGCUGUACGGGCCGCCGGGCACAGGGAAGACCCUGACCGCACGUGCGGUGGCAAAUCGUACCGAUGCAUGUUUCAUCUGCGUCAUUGGCUCCGAGCUUGUCCAGCGCUACGUCGGUGAAGGAGCACGCAUGGUGCGCGAGCUCUUCCAGCUUGCCAGGACAAAGAAGGCCUGCAUCCUUUUCAUCGACGAGGUAGAUGCCAUCGGUGGCUCCCGUGGUGGAGAUGAAGGCAAUAGUGAUAGCGAGGUCCAACGAACAAUGCUGGAAAUCGUGAAUCAGUUAGAUGGCUUUGACUCUCGUGGCAAUGUCAAGGCAAGCCCUGCUUGCGAAUUCAAUUUGCGGUUGGCCCACAUGUCUGCGCAUCGAACUUUGCACAUGAACUGUGCCUUGAAGAUGGACGGCCUCGUGCGCAAGCCAUGCCCACCAAGUAUGGCAGAGCGCCCUGCGUACUGUCCCGAGUCGAGCAGAGCUCGGCUGGACAUGGUCAGAGCACUUGCAGAUCACGUCAGCGCCGUCUACUUCAUGACCGCCGAUUGUUACGAGACUGCCGAGGAAGAGCCCUUGGAGCUGCUCCCUAUUCUAAACUUCCUGAUAGAUUUGGGGGAUAUGACCUGCUACGCAAGGCAAGUGAACUGCUACUACGGCGGCACCGCCGAGCACCACGAUCUCGUGAUGGCGCUGGUGGACCAUCUGGAGAUGCAGUGCUUGGAGAUGGGAAGCCUAUGUCAGGACGUACUACAGAAGGAUCACUUCUACGAGCAUCUUGCGCUCGGGCAGGGCGACCUUUUCGGAGAGGUGCUGGACAGGCUGGCCGCUUACGUGGCAAAGCUCUUUUGGAAGCAGCAGGGCCGGGCCAAGGCACCCACGUUAGCAACCGUGCUUUCUCACGCAGCGACAUGGACUCUUGGGGGUGAGUUUGUGUCCGACUUCGACGCAUGUGGUCCAGGGCUGCAUCCGCGCCGUGCACAUCGGCUAGAUGGGGAGAUAUCAGACUUUUCAUCCAGCCAUGCAGUUUUCCUGACGCAGUCUCGGAUCUUGGAGGUGUUCCUAACUGACCGCGACUUCGGGCCCGGCCUUCCCAUGAUCGUGAACCUCGGCGCCGGCCAGCACGACCCUGCAAAUUGCCUCCUCGAACGGUCAGGUUCAUUCGGCGCCGUCCUUUUCGAGAUCGAUCCCAAGAUGGUGGAAGACCUGCGAUUGCGAUUUGGUCGCCGACAGGAGGUCGUACUGGUCUCAGAGCUGGUGAGCCCUGGUCGCUUUGUGGAGCAGUUGCUCCAAGUUGCCCCGGAGCCACUGCAUGCUCGUUUUCCGGCUCUGCUGAAGAUUGACGUGGACAAUGGCGACUGCGAUUACCUGGCGGUGUGGUUGGAAGCAGGGUACCUGCCACUGGUGAUUCACAUGGAGAUUGUCCACUCCUACUUGCCCCCAGAGAUCGGGCUAUCCAUUCCCUUUGACGAAGCCAAAUCUCCUGGAAACAUCAGUCAGCAGUACAGUGAGUCAUCGAUGAUGUCAGUCGGAUGCUCUUUGGGGGCUGCGCUGCACUUGCUCAGGAGUCAAUACUCUCUGCUCACGUGGAGCUACUUCAAGCCGGUGCACGUCGAGUUUGUCCUGACCGCUUGGGCGCAAGAACAGAGAAUAGAAGUUGUUCCAACAGAGCAAAUUCCAAGCUUCUGGCGUCAAGUGGUGUCUUAUCGGGAGGUGUUCCACCCUGACCACUACCAUGGAUUGGAGCUGGAUCCACGGCAGAUGGUGGUGACAGGGCAUUCCAUGUUGUACAUCUCAGGACAAUGGCAAUUGACAGAGAUGUGCGAUUUGAGUGCCGAGUGCCGCAGCGUUUGCACAGAAGCUGGCAUGUAUGCCAUCCGAGCCCGUCGAAAGAGCAUCUCCGAGAAAGACCUGAUAGACGCCAUCAACAAGGUUAUCAAAGGCUAUUCGAAGUUCUCUGCGACUCCGAAGUACAUGGUCUACAACUGA